CGCGCUUCACGAAAGUUGCGUUGCGAAUGUGCAACUGAUGGUCAAGGAUAGGUCCAUUGAAGAUGGGAGCUUCUAAAUGUCGCAACCGAUGAAAUCUUUCGUUCCAUAUCACAAAGGGGCUGAAAGAGGGAGCAAGUAAAAGAAAGGACGAGAGGCAGAGUAGUCAAUAUUCAUGAAGGAAUGUUUAAGAAAUUUGCUCUGAGGGCACAGUUAGGAAACGUCUGACGUCUGGAACAAACUUGACGUACGUAAUAUAUAUUUGAUAGGCUAUCAAUAUAUCGAGAAUCGUCUGAUCUAAUCUGGCUAGCGAUUGCAAGGGUUGUUGAACACGGUGUUCCCACUUGUGAUCUGGUGCGGAUACAUGACCGAGCGCCUUCAGCUAGGUGAGUCCAUUAAAACCAAUGUGAUCAGCAUUCAAUGUCGAAAACUUACAGAGAUAUUUAUUUUGGGGACUUAUUUACCGCUACAAAUGUUUUAAUACGUAUAUUUCGUACAAUCGUUGAUUCAAACAAACGGCCGGAGAAACGGAGCAAAGAAAGCUAAGAGAAGGGAGCAAAGCUAAACGACGCGCAGUGCAGUCAAGUGAGCCAGCUCACUUUAGCCAAGCGUGAAUCGAUAUUUAUAGUCGACCAAUGUAAGUCACAGACAUAUGGUGCGUAAGAUACGAAAUGCACUAAAUACCACAACAUAAAAACAGAAUUAACAAGCGAAUAAUUGACAGGCUUGAGAACAAUGAAUAGAUUUGUCUAGAGGCUGGAAAAAAUUAUAUGGGCUUAACAUAGUAUCAGCUCGUACACUAUAAAUCAGUACACAAAUCACAUCUCUAUUAAACUGCUUAAAUGCGACUGUUUUGGAUUACAGUAAUGGGUCUAUAGUAGUCUUACGAGCUUUUCCUAUGCGCCGCUUAAAAAUUUUGCAGUUUCUACGAUACAUUGCAGAUAACUAUAACUGUAGUUGAUUUUCAAUAGCCAUCUUGAUUUUACCUUUAUAGUAAUGGGAGAGAUAUGGUAUUUAUUGCUCAUCAUCAUUCGUUGUCAAAACCACAAAUAUUAAAACUGAACACACGAAUAUCCAAUAGGACCUCGGUUCUGCAUCGAAAUACCUAAUUUCUGCUUUCCGGUAGUCACUCCCUAUAACCGUCGGGGACAAUGCUGGCUUAACUUUGCCCUUGCUAUGAAGGAUCUUAAAUGAUUUUAAUUCAAGAUGAACAUUUAAUCUUCAAGUGUUUUUAUUCUAACUAUACUUACCACUAUUUCUAGUAUGGUUUUUUGCACUAUGUUAGUUAUUUUGCCGAGACCUAGUACAACCAAUACUGUUAUAUUUACUGACAUUAUUAACUUCAGAACCGUGAAAUAAGGGUGUAUUAGAAGUGAUUUGCUGUGCAAGAGGAAGGAAAUCUUUAAGUUCAUUCUUUUUGUCAACCAACUUAACUCGGACUGACUUGUUUCUUCUUGAUGAGAACAUCCCAAAACAGGUUCUACAGUUAACCGAAGUAUAAUGUUCAGUAAUUUCCAACGAAACAGAAAUAUCUAGUAAUAACACAAUAUUAUCAACAUGAACAAAGUGGUUCAGUAAAAGUAGUCAACAGUUCCAACAGAGACGAAUGUAUUCAGUUAUUCACAGCAACUUCUCGUGUUCUUCCAAAGCCAAAUCACUUUUUAAUCAGCGCAAUAACAAUACAUUAAUUUAAUCUUAAUCCAUUAAGUAUCUUGUGCUUCCUGCCAUUAUAAUUUUGAUUUUAAAAAUUGAACUAGUCGAAAUGUUUCGUAUUGUAAAUAUAUUAAUCUGAGUAUUUGUCUGUGUGAUCAGUUGUAUAUAUUUGAUAUCGGAGUUAUGUAAACUAUAGGAAAAUUUUUGUUUUCUUCUAUCCUAAACUUUAUUUCUCAAGUAUAUAAUGAGUGACUGAAAUUCGCUAAAACAUUUUAGUUGGAAUCACUAGUAGGGUUAGACAGAAUAAUAACAAGAUAGAGGGGUGGAAUAAACAAGACAGACACGUACCACUAUAAUGACAUACAGAGUUUAUAAGGAAAAACAUCAGGAGUAUAAAACAAAUAUCAAAAGAGAAAGAAAGUAAUACAACUAAAAUACGUUGUGAAGAUUUAUAACAUUUGCUAUGACAAAAGAAGAAGCAACAUCUCAAUUAACUCGAAGCAUAUUUCACACAAUUUAUGCGAAGUUUUCACAAGCCCGUGUAAAACUAUAUGGAUGGCGUCAUUUAGGAUGGUUGGUUUUGUUGGUUGCUGCACUGAAUGUUGUUUGCAUAGGAGGAAAAAGAAGGGCAUUCGGAAUAUUUGUUGCUGCUCUACACAAAGCUUAUAAUGACACGAGCAUGACGGAAUUGAAUUGGGUUGGUGACAGUUAUGCUGCAGUUGGAUUCUUUUUAAUGCCUUUCGCUACAACAGCAAUAAUUCGAUGGAAUCGACCAUAUAGAUGUACCAUGCUUCUAGCCGGUUUAUUGAUUUUUAUAAGUUGUAUGACAUCAGCAGUGGUGCCUAGUCCAGGGUAUCUAUUCCUGACUCAUACACUAAUACAUGGCCUUGGAUCUACACUUAUUUUAUGUGGGACAAGUCUUGUAACAGAAGAGUAUUUUGACAGAUCUCAUCGAUUUCAUGUUUUAGCAACUGCAUUUGUUUCCGGUGGACCUUAUGGUGUACUAAUAUUUGGUCCAUUGUAUUCAAACUUAAUACAAAGCUACGGUUGGCAAGUGGCAUUUCAACUAAGUGGAUUACUUUUCUUACUCGUGACAUCUUUAGCCGGGAUUGUUUUUAUUUCGCGUGAUAUAUUUGAAUAUAACCAAGCUAUUCUGGAGCUUUCUGAUUCUUUUGAAGAAAAUACCAUGAACAAAGCCUUACGAAAGGAUCCUUUAUUGCUACGUAAUUCUCCGAAAGCCAGUGAUGGACGUGGAUGGGCUUUUUGCUCAGUUGAACAUUUGAAAAAUAAUCCGCAGGUGUUCGUCUGGGGAUUUGAACGCUUACUUCAUAAUCUCGUAAUAUAUGGUUUACUAAUGAACAUGACAGCUUAUGUAAGUCAGGCAUUAAAUGAUCAACUGGUAUUGGGUGCCCGAGUUAAUUUAUACUUUGGUAUAGGAGAAUCAGUCGUAUUUACACUUGGAGCUUUAAUUGGUGAUCGUAUACGAGGUUAUUUAGCAGUCGCCUACUUUAUUGGAGCACUAUUUGCAGCUUUAUUUUUGGUUAUUAUGCAAAAUACAUAUGAAGAUUUAAAUGUUGUUUAUGUACUGGCUGGAUUUACUGGUGCUACUGUUGGUGUAGGCAAUACAUUUCUAUAUGCUACAUCAGAAGAGAUAAUGAUGGUUCAUGGAUCGAUUGCAUUUCCUAUGACAAAAAUGAUUGCCGGUAUUGGUAUGUUGUUAGCACCAUUAUUCUCUGGUGCAAUUAUUGAUGGAUUUGGAUAUGGUGGAUUUUUUAUUAGUAUGGCAAUUUUAGUGUCAAUAAGGGCUAUUCUCUUAGGUCUCAUAUGUUAUAUAUUAAAUCUCAAGAAGAAAUUGAUUUUAGCUAGUGAAAAAGAACACAUAUCUACAAAUGAUAAUCAUUUUAAUCAUUGUUGUCAAAAUACUACUAAACAAUGCAAUGAAAAAUUAACAAAAAUUAAUAAUGUAGAAUCUGAAAUUACAAAUGGAUUAAAUUCAACAGAACAUGAUUUAGAGAAACGUAUUCAAACUUCUUCUGAAUGGUAUCAUGAAAAUGAUCGCAGAAUACCAUAAACUUAUUUAUAUAAUAAAAUUGUAUAAUUUAAACAUUACAUUGAAACUUAUUGUUGUUAACGAACCCCCCCCCCCAAAAAAAGAAACAUAAUAAUUUUAUUUACAUUUGAUUGAAUGAAUUUGAAUUUCUACUGAAGAAAUUGUUUAAAAGCAUGCAAAAAAUAAAUACUUGAAUAAAUGAACAUUAAUUGAAACCUUUCAGAAUAUUAUAAACUUACAACUUACCGUCCAAUACCUGAUUUACAAACUAAAACGAAAUGAUAUUCUUUUGCUUUUUUUGGUUGAAACAAUACUUCCAAUUCAAUUGUUUCUUUUCCAAGUAUAACACCAAAACCAUCAUUUGGCUGAAUAUCAACAAACUAAAUCCCAAUAGAAAAAAAAACACAAAAACAUUUCAUCAAUGGUUUAAUUUAUUCUAAAUUAUCUGUGACAUUGAAUAUAUAAUGAAUAAUUUACACUAUCAAUAAUUACUAUUCUAUCAAUUAUACUUUGAAACUGUUCAACGAAACAAGAAAACGUAUUCAUCACUCAUUUGGCUUGAAAAGUUCUUUAAUUAUUAUUUCAUAAUCCAUAUAUAUCUAACAUACAUUAAAGUUUCAUUAGACAUUAAAGAUUAGAAUGUGAACAAUGAAUAUACGUAAUAGAAGUUAAGUGAAUAUAUUUAGUUUAAAUAAAACAAAUUUGAAAAU